AUGUCGUGGAGAAACCAGGGAAUCACGGGUUCCAACAACAUCCCUUUGGGAAAGCGCCGGUUUGGCGGCGAUGAUGGUGGUGAGGAGGAGUUCCAGGAAGCUCCCCCCAGCAAUGGCAACGGAGAGCUGAAGCGCGGUCGCAGCCCAGAGCCUCGUACCGAUGCCGAUGGCCCUCGCCGCAGAAAGAAGAGAAACCGUUGGGGCGACGCGUCCGAAAACAAGGCUGCCGGAUUGAUGGGCUUGACGACGGCCAUCACGGCGAACAUGACCGGCGAGCAGUUGGAGGCUUACACCCUUCAUCUCCGUAUUACGGAAAUUAGCCAGAAGCUUCGCAUUGACGACGUCGUUCCCGCGGAUGGAGACAGAUCACCCUCUCCUGCUCCCCAGUACGAUAACCACGGUCGCCGUAUCAACACGCGCGAGUACCGAUACCGCAAGCGCCUCGAAGACGAGCGCCACAAGCUCAUCGAAAAGGCCAUGAAGACUAUCCCUAACUACCACCCGCCACAGGACUACCGCAGGCCCACCAAGACCCAAGAGAAGGUCUACGUGCCUGUUAACGAUUACCCAGAAAUUAACUUCAUCGGCUUACUUAUCGGACCCCGUGGCAACACUUUGAAGAAGAUGGAGGGAGAAUCCGGCGCCAAGAUUGCCAUUCGCGGCAAGGGCUCAGUCAAGGAGGGCAAAGGCCGUUCGGACGCAGCUCACGCCAGCAACCAGGAGGAGGAUCUUCACUGUCUCAUUAUGGCCGAUACAGAGGAGAAGGUCAAUAAGGCCAAGAAACUCAUUCACAACGUCAUUGAAACCGCCGCCUCCAUUCCCGAAGGACAGAACGAGCUCAAGCGCAACCAGCUUCGUGAGCUUGCUGCCCUCAACGGUACCCUCCGUGACGACGAGAACCAGGCUUGCCAGAACUGUGGCCAGAUCGGCCAUCGCAAGUACGACUGUCCCGAGCGCCAGAACUACACUGCCAGCAUCAUCUGCCGCGUCUGUGGCAACGCUGGACACAUGGCUAGAGAUUGUCCCGACAGACAGAAGGGUGCCAGCUGGCGCAAUGACGGCGCCGGCAGAACUGACUCGGCUGGCCGCAUUGAAGGCGGAGACGCUGUCGACCGCGAGUACGAGCAACUCAUGCAAGAACUCGGCGGCGGCUCAGCCGGUGGCGCUGCACCUGCACGCAUCGAAGCCGGCCCUGGUUCCUACAAUAACAACGGACCCAGCGGCGGUGAUGCGAAGCCCUGGCAGCGUGGCCCUACCGGCGGACCUGCUCCUUGGCGCAGCCGUAACAACGACUCACGCGAUGAUCGCGAUCGUGGUGACCGCGACCGUGACGGUGGUGGCGGCGGCGGCGGUGGUCCUGCACCUUGGGCUCGCGAUCGCAACCGUCGUGAUGACCACGGAGGCGGCCACGGAGGCGGCCACGGCGGCUAUGGUGGCGGUGACCACUAUGGCGGUGGCGGCCAAGGUGGCUACGGUGGUCAAUCUGCUGGCGCUGCUCCCGGUGCCGCUCCCUGGCAUCAGCCUCCCGGAACCCAGAACGGCUACGGUGGCUAUGGUGGAUACCCGGGAUACGGUGCUCCUCCUGGCAUGGCCGCACCGCCAUCUGGCGCCCCUCCGCCGCCUCCUGGUGCUCCUGGUCUUGGAGCUCCUCCAGGUCUGGCUGGUGGCCUCAACGCACUCAUCCAGCAGUAUGCCGGAGGCGCCCCUCCCCCGCCUCCCUCGGACAAUGCUCCUCCUCCGCCUCCCAGCGACCAACCUCCCCCACCUCCCCCUGGUGCCUGA